UGUGAGGAGGGGCUGUGUACACAGAGAGAGAGAGAGAGAGAAAAGGGGGGGUGAUAAAGGCAGUGAGGAUGAAGAAACAUUUAUUCUGGAAGACACAGCGCCACAUAUAGUGUGGGCAAAGUCAGCUGAGUCUCGAGCAACACUGCAGCAGAAAGCAGAAGAAUGAAGGUGCUGGUAUUUGCUGUUGUUCUGGUGCUUGCGGUGUCCAGUGGUUUGGCUCUGGACUGCCUCCACUGCGUACCUGCGAAAGCAGGCGGAGCUUGUGAGGUCACUAAGGUAACCUGUCCUGCAGAAAAAGACGCCUGCGCUGCAGCCAAGUUCCUCAGAGCACCAUAUGGACAUUACCAGAAGUGCUUGGCCAUGUCAGACUGUGAAAUGCUGAAGCAGAACGCCUACCUCCGCAUCAAAUGCUGCCAGGAAGACGCCUGUAACACUUUCUGACCCAGCUGACCUUUGGCCUCAUCUACUGCCAGUGUCUACCUGUGUCUCUGAUGUUUUAAUAUGAAUAGGUGGCCAUGUGUUUCUCCACAAUUAAGUGUUUGUAGAUGGUGGUUACUUUUCGGUACAUGAGAACAGAAAAAUCAGUGUAAUGUGCAGAAAAUAAAGAUAUGACACAAUUUC